AUGUUAGGAAAUGUCGCAUCAAAACUAAAGAAUCUUGGAAACAUAAACAAAGUUGUAUAUAACAAUGACGAAACUUUGGAAAUAAAGGAAGAAAUUAUCGAAAUUGAAUAUAUUGAUGAGGAAGCUUUGGGCACCAAGGAAGAAAUCAUCAAAGAGAAAUCGAAUUGUGAUUGGAGACAAUCAAGAAUAAGAUCAACAGGAGAGUAUAAGGCAUUUCUGUUAGAUCGCCAAAGGGAACACAACAAUUUACUGUUUAAAAAUAGAGGAAAGAAAUUUACUUGUGAAAUUGAAUAUAGCAAUGACGAAACAUUCGAAAUUAAGGAAGAAAUGAUCGAAACUGAAUAUAAUGAUGACGAAACUUUAAAAAUGAAGGAAGAAAUUAUCGAAGAUCAAGAAAAUAAAAGUCAAAAGUGUGACCAAAAAUUUUAUACGAUGGAUAUGAAAGACACCCAUAAUGUUGCUAUCAGCAAAAAAUUGCCGUCCCAUAAUAACGAUAAAAUUCGGGAAUCAGAACAGGAACCGCAAAAGAAGUACAAAUGCAAAAAGUGUGCCCGCAGCUAUAAAUUGAAAAAGCUUUUAAAUCACCAUCUAAAAUAUGAAUGUGACGUCAGUUCACAGUUCAUAUGUAAAUUCUGCGGAAAAAUAUUUAAACGGAAAACUCAUAUGAAUACGCAUUUAGUUCGCGUACAUCACGAAAUAAAUAUGAAGACGUCGGCGCUGACGCAUAAAUGCGACAAAUGCUGGCGUAGUUACAAUUGGUUAAGUGGUUUAUGCAGACAUAAACGUAUAUACCACGCAAAUGUGAAAUCACAAUUCAUUUGCGAUCUUUGCGGACAUAAAACUAAUCAAAAAAAUUGCUUGGAAAAACACAUUACUUCAUUACACUUAGAGACAUCAAAAACAAAGCAUGAUUGCAAUAUGUGUUCUCGAAGUUACACUUCGUAUCACGACUUGACUCGACAUAAACGUUUAGUUCAUCCAACGUUUAAAGCACAAUUUACUUGCGAUUUUUGCGAACACACAUCAAAUAGGAAAAAUAAACAGAAUGCAAAAAGUGAAUCGAAGAAAUUAUCAGAAAGACCAGAUGUUGGGCCAUAUUCUUGUACUGAAAUUUGUUUUGAAAAUUAUUCUUAUGCCAAUACUUCAACUAAAAUUGAAUACGACAUUGACGAAUCUUUGGAAAUUAAGGAAGAAACUAUAGAAGAUCAGAGUGCUUGCUCAAAUGAAGUUGUACGCCUAAAAUGCAAUACAAAAUUCGAGGCAGAAGAGUGUACUUUAUAUCUGAGAGAAGCUACUAUUUCGGCUGAUAAUAAAAAGAUGCGGAACAGAAGGAAGCGGAUAAUUCAGAAAUCAUACCAGGAAUCUGAAAAAAGUACAAGUGCGGAAAGUGUGCCCACAGCUAUGUAUCAAAAGCUAAUUUGUAUCGCCAUACAAGAUUCGAAUGCAACGUCGAGCCACGGUUCAAUUGUGAAUUCUGCGACAGAAGAUUUACUCAGAAAACUAGCUUGA